CAAGUUCAUAACUAUAGUGAUCUAUGCUACAAGAAAGUACAUUUCAAACGAUAUUAUGAGUAAAAACAUUCGAAAGCGUUUAUUUUGAUAUGCCCUUUGAAUCUCUAUUUAUGGGUUCGUGUCAUUUGCGGUUGUGUACUAUGGCCGGAUAAUGGAAGUAAAGGGGAAGGUGACUGUAAGUCCUACAUUACCGCAAUAGUGUAAUUGGACAAAUGAUAUAUUAUUCCACACUGCUAUAAACAUGCACGCACAAAAUAAUUUAUAGAUCUAUAGAUUUUUCCAAGUUCAUCAAGCUUUAUUUUAGCUAGAUAGAGAUUGAGGCUAAACGAACUUAUAGAUAAUGGCAUCCAAAUACAGAUCAUUAUUUUUAAGAUCAGCCCAACAUGUCUUCAGGUAUUCACCCUGUGAGGUGUGUUUGAAUAGCAAGAGCUCAGUGCCAGCCACCAACCAUUUAUAUGACAUAAAACCAGUUUUCUCCACACUGGCAUGGACUUAUAACUUCUCUAGAAGCUAUACUUCAGGUCAAAGCAGUUUUUCUUUGAGGACCCACACAUGUGAAUUAUGCUCCAGUCAUAUAGACGAAGAGGUUACUUUAUGUGGCUGGAUUCAGUACUUGAGACAAGAUCUUUUUGUGAUCUUGAGAGACUUCAGUGGAUUGGUGCAAAUUUUUAUUCCACAGGAUGAGUCCAAAUCUGGAUUGAAGAAUGCUUUUCUUGGCCUCACAGUGGAGUCUGUCAUCAUGGUCAAAGGAAGGGUCAGGCGUAGACCAGAAGGACAAGAGAAUAAGAAAAUGUUUACUGGAGAAAUUGAGGUCUGCGCUAAGAGCAUGGAAGUGUUGAAUGCCUGCCGAAAACUGACUUUUGAAAUUAAAGAGUUUGUCAAAGUAAGUUUAUCCCUCCGGAUAUAAUAUCGCUAUCUUGAUCUUCGAUCAUCCAGAGUGCAGUUCAAUUUAAGACUACGAUCACAAAUGGUGAUGAAAAUGCAGUAUUACCUUUGCAAUUUUCAUGGAUUUGUGGACGUUGAAACACCAACAUUGUUUAAAAGAACACCUUGAGGUGCCAAAUAGUUUGUGGUGCCAUCUGGAUACCCUGGGAAGUUUUACUCUCUUCCACAGAGCCCACAUCAAUUCAAACAGCUUCUUAUGGUGGCUGGCAUAGACUGGUACUUUCAGCUUGCUCGCUGCUACAGAGACGAGGGCUCCAAGCCUGACAGACAACCUGAAUUCACACAGGUGGAUAUUGAGAUGUCCUUUGUGGACCAAGCUGGAGUCAUGAAUUUGAUAGAAGGCUUGUUCCAAUACUCCUGGCCAAAGGACAAAGGACAGAUUAAUGUUGCCUUUCCCACCAUGACUUAUGAGGAGGCCAUGAGAGACUACGGAGUUGACAAACCAGACACUAGAUUUGGGAUGAAGCUUGUGGAUGUCACAACAGCAUUCCAGGGUACACAGAUCGAUGUCAUCAAGGAUGUACACCUUCAGUCAGGGGGCUGUGUUCAGGCCAUCUGUGUUCCAGAGGGAACGGCAAAACACUUGAAGGGUAAAGACUUCCAAGUGGCCAAGACACAGUAUGGCCAGGAGGUGAGUGUGGCUCCAGUAAGGGCAGAUGGUUCAAUGAAAUCCUCUCUCAGCCGGCUGCUCUCAGAUGAGGCCAGACAGCAGCUGCUCCAGAUGGCCCAGGCCAAUGCUGGGGACCUGAUCUUCAUCACAGCCGGACACCGAGAGAAUGUGGUGUGUAACGCCCCCAUCUUAGGGAAGCUGAAACUGCAGUGUGCUGAGCUGCUUGAGGGCUAUGGCAUGCCUGUUCGUGACCCCUCGCUCUUUCGCUUCCUGUGGGUGGUGGACUUUCCACUUUUUUGGCCCAAAGAAGAUGACCCAGAGAUUUUGGAGUCUGCCCACCUUCCCUUCACUGCUCCAGUCCCUGAGGAUGCCCAUCUGCUGUACACCCAACCACACAAAGUGCGUGGCCAGCAUUAUGACUUGGUUCUUAACGGCUGUGAGAUUGGAGGAGGUUCUAUCCGCAUCCACAAUGCCUCUCAGCAGCUGUACGUCCUGGAGACCAUACUCAAGGAAGACCCAUCCCUUCUUUCUCAUCUGUUAGAGGCUCUGGACUCUGGGGCCCCUCCACAUGGUGGAAUUGCAUUAGGGCUGGAUUGACUGGUCUCCAUUAUUGUAGGAGCUCCCAGUAUACGGGAUGUCAUAGCGUUUCCAAAAUCAUUCAAAGGCCACGACCUUAUGAGUCAGACCCCAGACUUUGUCUCUGAAGAUGACCUGAAGCCGUACCAUAUUUCUGUGAUCUGGCCUAACAAGGAGACAAAGGGAAAACAGGACAAUUCAAUAUAAGCAUUUCAAAUGUUAAAUGGUUUGUUCACACAAAAAUUGUAAUUCUUUCCCAGUUACUCACCCUAAUAUCUUUCCAAACCUUAUGACUUAUUUCUAUAGGGGAACACAAAAGGAGAUGUUUAGCAGAAUGUUUACAUUGAUUUGUUUUUUUUCUCCAUAUGAUGAAAAUGGAUGGUGACCAGGGGCAGUUAAACUCAUAAAAGUUCAUUAUAAAAAUGCAUGCACUGUAUUCAUUGUAUUUCCAUACAGUAACUUUGUUUUAGUAACAGAUUGUAAUUUAAAUAAUUAAUGGGAAAUCUUGACUUGCUUGACAGCCUAGGUCCCUAUUAGCUGUCAUUGUUUGGAAAAGAGCAGCUUUGCCAUUCUGGUUUAAAUAACUUUUUUGUUUUCAAAGGAAGAGAGAAAGUUAAACAGGUUUAAAGAGACAUGAGGGUGUGUAAAUUAUGCCAUAAUUAAAUUUUAUUUGAUGAACCUUUCCUUUAAUUUGUGAAUGAGGUUCAUGAUUUCCAUUGGGUCCAUGUGAUCACAAUUUGUGCCCAUGCCUGGUGAUGGACUUUUUUCCUUUACAACUGAGGAAGCAGGAUUACUUUCUGUCCUGUGAGAAUUGAACACCAUCUUCUGAGUGAAUGUGAUAUCUAAGUCCCUAUUGCUUCAUGAUCCAGAGUUGUCUUCUCUGCUAUAUCAACAGAUAAAUCAUGUACACUACCGUUCAAAAGUUUGGGGUUACUUGACUGAAAUGUUUCUCAUGGUCUUAAAAAAAAUAUUUUGAUCUGAAGGCGUAUGCUUAAAUGUUUGAAAUUUGUUUUGUAGACAAAAAUAUUAUUGUUCCACCAUAUUAAUUUAUUUAAUUACAAAACUAAAAUGUAAUUCAAAAAAGUAUUUAAAAUAGAUGACUUGGACCAAAUAAUUAAGAAAAGCAGCCACUUAGUGCCCAGCCUAUAGAUGAAAGUAUCCCAUGGUGAUAGCUCAAGAAGUUGGUUGAGAAAAUGUCAAGAGCAUAUUUCUGAAAAUUCUAAGCAAAGGGUGGCAACAUUGAAGAUCCUAAAAUAUAACAUAGUUUUGAUUUAUUUUUGAUUUUUUUUUGUCACAACAUAAUUCACAUAUUUCCGUUUCUAUUAUUCCAUUAUUUUGAUGACUUUAAUAUUAAUAUAAAAUAAAUAAUAAAGAAUGGGUGAGUGACCCUAAACUUUUGAAUGGUAGUGUACAUCCUCAUCAAAACAUGCUCUAUAAUAAGUGUUUUCAAGUAUAAUUUUUUGUAUUAAAUUCAUAAAAGAAAAUGUGAUCCAUGCAUUCUAAGCUUUAGAGUGGAUUGUAAGAGUGGGUGAAUAUUUCAGUAGAGGGCAGCGUUGUUCCAUUGCAAGUGUUUACAUUGCUCAAUCCCCCAUCCAGAUGCCCUGAGGUGGAGGCAGCAUGCGCGCAUACCAUAUCUUACUUUUUUUUUCCACCACCAGACAUACCGAAUAAAUUUCAGCGAUGCCUUAUCUGCAAAAGCAGAUGCUCAUUUUUCAUGCUCAGGUAGUUAGUUUGAAGCAGACCUUUGUGUUGGAUUGGAAAAAGGCCGCCAAGCUGUGAACACCGUUCUUUGUGUAUGACAUACUGUUUUUGCUGUUCAACUAAUGACUUUUUCUCUUAGGUACCCACUCACCGCUUAUUUCCAGUACAUGUACAUGUUUACAUUGAAAUAACUGCCCACAUCCAACAGCAAUGCAGGUAGAUGUUUCGAUUAAAGCUUUAGAACAGGGCUUAAGCUCUUUCAGUCCAAAGACCACUUGAAGGAUAGAGAGAGAGCAAGGAUGUAUAAUGUAUUGUAUAAUAUUGAGUUUUGCAUUUUAA